AAAAUACCGAGCGUUAAGACAUCUGCCUUUUUGUUUUUAUCCACUUAUAAAUACAGGGUAAAUCUUAUCACGGCGUAUAGUAAGCAAAUCAAGUCUACAACGACAUCGUUGACUAUGCAUUUCUUUUCAAUUUUCCUAUUCUUUACAUUGGCCUUAAUGCUGGGACAAGUAAAAGCUAACGGCAACUGCCAAAGGAUAUGUACGCGUGAAUAUGAUCCUGUGUGUGGUAUUUUAAGAGGCCCCGGUCCCCGUAUUGUCAGAUGUACCUUUGGAAAUCCUUGCGCCUUUGAAGUGCACAACUGUUUGGCGGGACGAAAAUGGGGCCAUGUUCCUAGAGCUUGUCCACGUGAUAGUCUUAACUGCCGAGAUAUAAUACGUUCAUAAUUUGGACUUUAGAAUUAUCUGGAGGUGAAAAAGAUGAUGUUGUUUUUUUAUAAAUUUUUUUCAA